AUGGAGCAGUUCAGGCAGAUUGGAAAGUUGAUUGGAAGUUUAAAUGCCAUAAUGGUAUUCCAAGAUGAUAUACAGAUUAAUCAGAGGCAGUGUCGUCUAUUGGUUGAUAUGUUUGCUUCAGCAUAUAAAACAGUUGCAGAGCAAAUCAAACAGAAUUUGCGAUUUGAAGAAAAGAACACAAAAUGGAAAAUUAUUGAGCAUCCAUUAAAGGAGCUUCUGAGAAUAUUCAAAGAAGGAGAGAUGUACAUUAGGCAGUGUUUGGAAACAAAGAAUUGGUGGGGAAAAGCAAUUUCCCUCCACCGGAAUAAGGACUGCAUUGAGUUUCAUAUACAUAACUUGUUGUCCUGUUUUCCUGUUGUCGUUGAAGCAAUUGAAAUGGCGGGGGAGAUAUCAGGGGUGGAUCAAGAUGAAAUGCAGAAGAAGAAGGUUAUGUAUUCAUUGAAAUACCAGAAAGACUGGAACGAUCCAAGACUUUUUCAGUGGAAAUUUGGAAAACAGUAUUUGGUUUCUCAAGAUUUUUGUAAUCGGUUAGAUUCAGCUUGGGACGAAGAUGGAUGGUUUCUACUCAAGAAAAUUCAAGAAAAGAAGAAGUUGGGUGGAUUAAGUUCGAAGAAUGAUCAGAAACUUGCUGAUAUUUUUUUGAAGAAUUUAUAUGGUUCAGAGACGAUGGAUGAUAUACUUUUACCUUUUGAAACUUUGGUAAGUUCAAAGGAUUAUCAAGUGAGACGACGUUUGGGAAAUGGGAGCCAGUAUAAGGAGAUUCAGUGGUUAGGUGAAACCUUCGCUUUAAGACACUUUUUUGGGGACAUUAAGGUACUGAUACCCGAGAUUUCUAAGGAAUCAUGUCUGUGUCAUUCAAAUAUAAUGCAUGUCCUUUGUGGGUUUUCAGACGAGGAAAAGAAAGAAUGUUUCUUGGUAAUGGAACUCAUGGAGAGAGAUCUAUCCAGUUACAUUAAGGAACUCUGCGGUCCAAGAAAGAGAAUUCCAUUUUCACUUCCAGUUGCUGUUGAUCUUAUGCUGCAGAUAGCAAGAGGAAUGGAAUAUCUCCACUCAAAAAAAAUCUAUCACGGAAAUUUAAACCCUUCUAAUAUUCUUAUAAAAGCCAGGAAUGUUAGUAAAAACGGGGAUUUACAUGCUAAAGUAUCAGGUUUUGGUCUAUCAUCCUCUAUUAGUCUCACACAAAAAGCCCCCAAAAGUCCUAGUGGACAACUUUCUUUUAUUUGGUAUGCACCAGAAGUGCUAACAGAACAAGAAGAGUUGAGCAUUGAGGGAGGAAAUUUGAAGUAUAACGAUAAGUCAGAUGUUUACAGCUUUGGGAUGAUCUGCUUCGAGCUUUUAACGGGCAAGGUCCCAUUUGAAGAUAGCCAUCUUCAAGGCGAUAAAAUGAGCCGAAACAUUAGGGCAGGAGAGAGGCCACUUUUCCCAUUCCAUUCACCUAAAUAUGUAGCAAGCUUAACAAAGAAAUGUUGGCACUCGGAUCCCAAUCAAAGGCCGAGUUUCUCAUCUAUCUGUAGAAUUCUUCGAUACAUUAAGCGUUUCUUAGUUAUGAACCCUGAACACAGCCAGCCAAAUCCACCAAUGCCACCAGUAGAUUUCAGCGAUAUUGAGGCAGAGAUCAUAAGAAGCUUUCCUUACAUGGGAAAGUCCAAUCUGUUGCCUGUAUCACAAAUCCCAUUUCAGAUGUUUGCUUACAGAGUGACUGAGAAGGAAAAACCAAAUACAAAUCAGAGAGAUACCUCCGAAUCAGGAAGUGAUGGAGCUUCAGCCUGUGGGGAUGAUAAUGUAAUAGCAGAUGAUCCAUUAUCAUCACCAGCACGAUCACCAAGACCAACUGUAAAGAAAUGCUUAUCCUCUCCCGACAUGUCAAACAAGAAACUUUCAUUAUCAAAGAAAUCGCUAAGCGUCAAAGCCAAGAAACUGCCAGGUUAUCUAUUGACUUUGAAAUCUUUUACAUAGCAUCCGGUAAUUUUUGUUAGGAUAGAUACCUAGCAAUGAGAACUUAGCAAAGGGCAAAAUCACGUGAUUGAAAAUGCCAUUGCCUAGUGUUAGCUAGCAUUGAUUCAAGAUUCGCAAAUUCCAAAUGUUUGUCCUUUACAAGAAAAUAAAAUCCUGAGAAUAGGCAUAUAUAUUUCUGCAAAUUCAGAAGAAUUCUAGUCUGAAAACUGCAGGGCCUGAUAUACUUAAAAUUAUUAAAGUUAAAUGUAGUCUAGCAUGUUAACCAUGGUCAGGUUUAUGCUUAUCCGUUUUAAAUUUUAUUUGAAAGCACUAUUGAGACAAUGAAAAGAAAAACAUCCAAUGAACUAACAAUAUUAUCACGGCUGUUUUGCAGGGACACCAAAGGGAAGAUCGGUAAGGCCACCACAAAUAACACCUCGUGGACGCAGUAUGAGAAUGAAUUCCGAAAGUCAGCUGAUGUUAACAAGUCCAAAGCCAUGGAGAACAUCCGGUCAUGUCUCUGAUUCCGAGCUCUCCUAAGAAUCUGUAAUAAAAAUUUGAUACAGAACCAUGAACCAACUUCCACACAAUUCUUUUAGUUUCAUCAGAUAACUGCAAGCAUUUUCUUAUGUAGUAUCUGGUAUAGUAUAGGAUAAUUUACGUAACAGGACAAUGAUUCACAAUAGAAA